AUGAUGCCGGAAGAUAGAGAAAAAUUCAUUCUUUGGUAUAAUGAAAACAAAGACAAAGUCUUUGAUAUGCAAAAAGAAAUUGUAUCGUACUGCGUAUCAGACGUGAAUAUUCUAACAACGGCUUGUUUAAAAUUCAGAGAUUUAUUAAUUCAAGCCGGUAAUAUCUGUCCAUUUUCGGAAGCCUGCACGAUUGCCAGUUCAUGUAAUAAAUUGUUUCGCCGAAAUUUUUUGAAAGCUGAUACCAUUGGUCUAAUUCCGAGAAAUGGCUAUCGUUAUCGGGAUAAUCAAUCAAAAAUAGCAAUUGAGUGGUUAAUAUGGGAGGAAAAAGUCAGAGAAAUUAACAUCUUGCACGCCGCCAAAGGGAAAGAAAUCGUAUUAGAUGGUUUACCGGUCGAUGGGUUUUGUGCUGAAACAAAUCAGGUAUUUGAAAUGAUGGGGUGUUUCUACCAUGGCUGCGUGAAAUGUUUUAAAAACGAUCGCGACAAACCUGUAUACAAUAACAGCGGAGAAACAAUGAAUUUAAGAUAUGAAAAUACUCGCUCCAAGAUAACUCGUUUAAAUGAAUUAGGGUACGAGGUCAUAAUGAAGUGGGAAUGUGAAUUUAAGCAAGAUAAAACCCAGGACAUUGCUAAGUAUGUAUUUGAACACCCGCUCAUCAAUUUCACCCCGUUAAAUGUGAGAGAUAGCUUUUAUGGUGGACGAACUGGAAACAUCAAGUCCUACUACAACGUGAAAGAAGGGGAGAAAAUAAAGUAUAUUGAUAUCUGCUCGUUGUACCCCUGGGUUUGUAAAUAUGGGAAAUUCCCGAUCGGACAUCCUAAAGUGAUCAUAGGGGACGACUGCUUAAAUCUCGAUAUUUCCAAAAUAGACGCUAUCAUUAAAUGUAAGGUACUACCUCCACAAAAUCUAUUUCACCCCGUACUUCCGAUAAAAUUAAAUAAAAAAUUAAUGUUCCCUUUGUGUCUGACGUGUGCCAAAAGUUUCAAUCAAGAGGAAUGCUGUCACGAUGUAGAGGAUAGGGCCAUUGUGGGCACUUGGGUUUCGGAUGAACUUGUGAAAGCUUUAGAAAAGGGGUAUGAAAUUUUAAAAAUUUACGAAGUUUGGGAUUAUAGAACCGAACAAUAUAAUGGGAAAUCAGGGGGAUUAUUCACAGAAAUGAUGAACACAUUUAUUAAAAUUAAACAAGAAGCAAGUGGGUGGCCCGCAAAUUGUAAAACGUACGAACAAAAAAUCGCAUAUAUCGAUAAAUUUUUGGAAAAAGAAGGGAUACGUUUGGAUUUUGACAAUAUUGUUAGUAACCCAGGUUUACGAUCACUGGCAAAACUUAUUUUAAACUCAUUUUUUGGUAAAUUUGGACAACGCGAAAAUCAACCAAAAACAAAAAUUAUUAAACAGUCAGCUGAUCUGUAUUCGCUAUUGCUUGAUCCGGCAGUUGAAGUUAUUGGAAUUUUGGCAAUUAACGAGGAAACUUUAGUAGUAAAUUAUCAAUACAAAGAAGAGUCAUAUAGCGCUUUAAGUACUGUUAAUGUUUCAAUUGCAGCAUAUGUCACUACGCAAGCCCGUUUAAAAUUGUACUCAUACAUGGAAAAGCUGGGGGAACGGGUACUGUAUUUUGAUACGGAUAGCAUCAUCUACAUCUCACGAGAAGGUGAAUAUGAACCCGAAACGGGUAACUAUCUUGGCGAUAUGACCAACGAACUGGAGGUUUACGGUCCUGAAAGUUAUAUCACCGAAUUUGCAUCAGGCGGACCAAAAAAUUAUGGUUUUGCGGUUUAUUCUCCUACGCAAGAUAAACACUUUCAAUCGUGUAAGGUCAAAGGGAUAUCUAUUAAUCAUGAAGUAUCAAAAUCGGUAAAUUUCGAAACAAUGAAGAAUAUGAUAAUUUACGAAGAGCCUCCACAAAAGAUAUUGUACAAGAAUUUUGAAAGAACCGUAGAUCAUCAAGUGUUAACUGUUGAAAAAGAGAAGAUAUUUCGUCCUAAUUUAUUGAAAAGACGUUUCAGCAAGUACGAUUCAUAUCCUUACGGGUUUAAAAAAGUUAAAAAAGGGGAGGGUGAAGAGGAAAAAACCUCAAAAAUCGACAUCGUCGAGUAA